UUUUUUUGGCAGCCAAGCGACUGUCACGCGCUUACGCAACCCACACGCGACCUAAGGUUGGGAAUUGAGGGCUCGCAAGGCUGCCCUUGACUCACCACAAAGGAAUCCGCUGCCCCCCAGGCAGCCAUGUCGAAUGUCAGGCUGGCCACCGGCGGCACCUGGAAGACGGACACCAAGGAGUGGCGCCCGAAAGGAGGCCGCGGCUUCUACGAGAAGCAGCGCCGGCCCAUCUGGCGCCUCGUCCCCGUCUGUGUACUAAUAGCCGUCGCCGUCGCGUCCCUGACGAUCAAACGGCGCGAGCCCAAACACAAAGCACCGAAGCUGCACCACCUCGCGCCACCCAUAGCUGACCAAUUGGUCCGGGCCACGCUGGACCUACAAGCCGGCGCCGACGCGCGGCUCGUCUUGACGAAUCUACUAUCAGAAGAGGACCGCAGCUACGUAAACGAGACGCCGACGGAUAUGAGAGGUCGCGCCAAGGGCCGCAUGAGCGCCGCGGACCGGGCGCUUGUGUUGGCACUACUAAGUCGGCCGGGCGGGAGCUACCACCCCGGCAAGGUCCGGGGCGUGCGCCGCACGGGCCGGAGCAUCGUGAAGAAGAACUGUCUCGUGUUCGGCCUGCCGGGCGACGGGAAGCGCUGGACGGACGCGGGCCAUCGUUUAGUGUUCCUGGACCAUCGGGAAGACGCCGUGAGGGCCGCGCGCGACGAGGGCCUCAACGCCUACGUCGUGCGCUACGCGUCGGCCCCGAAGAGCUCCUGGGAGGCGAGCCCGUAUGCGACGGACCCAAAGAAACUGAUAAUCGACGCGCCGUCGUACGACUUCCGCGACGAGGCGCACAUCUUCUGGGACUUGGUUAUCGUCGACGGGCCGGACUCCGUCCAGAAGGAUUCCAGUGGACGCGCCGCGCCCGUCGCCCGCGCGGCCGAGAUUGUGAGGCGCCAGGCCGCGAGCCACCCGGAUCGGAGGGUGGACGUGCUCGUGCACGACGCGCACCGGUCGCACGAGCUCGAGCUCGGCCUGGCCUACUUGAGUCCGCUCGCGGCCUUCGCGAACUACCGGUCGCUGCGCGCGUCGCGCGCGCCGAACUCUACUUCGGAGGUGCGGUUCGCCUGGUUCGCGCGGGCGCCGCCGUAAGUAUGUGGUUUGGAUAA